GGGUGUGAGAUGUAGCUAUCCAGCAAACACAGUUACGUUGUGACAACCUAUUGUUUUGGUGGUCACACCGUUGUCACAGUGUCGAAAUCUAAUUCGUCAGGAAGCUGGAAUGUAGUGGCACCGUUGUCAGUGCAGAUGCCCAGCUCACUCUCAUAUGUAUUCUGCACACACCUAUAUUCCAGGUGCUGGCCAUGCUUGUGGGAGAAAAACGGACUAUGCCUUUGAGAUGGCCUGCUCUAAUAUCAGAUAUGGAGAGGGGGUCACCAAAGAAAUUGGCAUGGACCUGCAGAAUUUGGGUGCACGUAAUGUGUGUCUGAUGACUGACAGGAACUUGUCCAGGUUGCCACCAGUAACAGCAGUGCUAGACUCACUGGCCAAACAUGGAAUGAAGUAUGAAUGCUAUGACAAUGUGAGGGUGGAACCUACAGACAGCAGUUUUAAGGCAGCUAUUGAUUUUGCGAAGAAAAGAGAUUUCGAUGCCUAUAUAGCUGUGGGCGGUGGCUCUGUGAUUGACACCUGUAAAGCAGCAAAUCUCUAUGCAUGUCACCCGGAGGCUGAGUUUCUGGAUUUUGUCAAUGCACCAAUUGGGAAAGGAAAGCCAAUUACAGGAUCACUGAAGCCUCUUAUUGCUGUUCCCACUACGGCAGGCACAGGAAGUGAAACUACAGGUGUGGCCAUCUUUGACUUUGAAGACUUGAAGGCUAAAACAGGCAUAGCGAAUCGGUCACUACGGCCUACUCUGGGUAUGAUAGAUCCACUUCACACACUGCACAUGCCAGCCCAAGUGGCUGCCAACAGUGGCUUCGAUGUGCUCUGCCAUGCGCUGGAAUCCUACACUGCGCUUCCAUAUAACAUGAGAAGUCCGUGCCCUGACAAUCCUAUCAGCCGCCCUGCCUACCAGGGCAGCAAUCCAGUCAGCGAUGUCUGGGCAAGGCAUGCCCUCCACAUGGUUGCCAAGUACUUAAAACGAGCGGUGCGGGACCCCGGUGAUGUGGAAGCACGCUCCAGCAUGCACCUGGCAAGUGUUUUUGCUGGAAUUGGUUUUGGCAAUGCAGGAGUUCAUUUAUGUCAUGGAAUGUCGUACCCUAUUGCUGGUAAUGUCAAGAACCAUAAAGCUAAAGGCUACAGUGUGGACCAUCCCUUAGUACCACAUGGUCUCUCUGUGGUUCUCACCUCUCCUGCUGUCUUUGCCUUCACUGCCAGCAUGUGUCCAGAACGCCACCUAGAGGCAGCAGAGAUACUUGGUGCUGAUGUUAGGAAUGUGAAGAGAGAAGAUGCUGGGUGUGUGUUGGCAGACACACUGAGAAACUUCUUGUAUGACCUGGAAGUGGAAGAUGGCUUGGCUGCAAUUGGCUAUGUUAAAGAGGACAUUCCUACCCUGGUGAAAGGAACCAUCCCUCAGGAGCGGGUGACAAAACUGGCCCCCAGAUCUCACACUGAAGAAGAUCUUACUGAUCUGUUUGUUGCAUCCAUGAAACUAUACUGAACAGACAUCUACCACCUACUUUACAAGUUGUAAAUUAUACACUUUUGUCUCAGAUCUACUAUCGAGAAAUCAUGAGUAUGAUGAAAUGAAUAAUAUUUUUGUUACUUGGAAAACUAAGACAUCUGCCUUCUGUAAGCUUUUCAUAUUAUGUAAUAACUGGUCAAUUGUUUUAGGCUUCAGAAUCUACCGCACAGAAGUGUUGUGUUGUUAAUUUAACAUCGAUUCCUUUAUAGUUUUUAACUGAUUUGGCUAGGUUCAAUUAAAAAAGGUGACAUGUUGCUAGUAUUGGACAUGCUCAAAUAAUACUAUUAGUAAUGUAUUAAGUAUUGUUGCUGUGUAUUAUAUCUGUUGAUACAACCUGAGGUGUGUCGUAUGAAUGUCUGUUGUGCUAUGGGACAGAAAGCUGACUAUAACUCACUAGUCAUCUGAACAUCUUAUUAGAACAUAUGUAUAUCUCCUGUCAAGGUCAAAGCACAUCAACCAUGCAGACACAAACAGAAACUUGAUUGAUGUGCCAUACCUGUCUUUGUCAAUUAUUUUAAUAGACAUUCUAAAGAGUGAGACAAGUAAUUGUUUAAUAAUGCUAAGAUCUUAAAGUUGUGACAGAAAAGAGCUAGAAGCAGGAUUAGAGUUCAACUUAAAGACUGAAGUUAUGUUAACUGUCAGAGGCCAGUAACCACAGCAUUUUGCAGAGAGGCAUUAACUUUAUUUUGUUAUGCUGAAAAUUCAUUGCACAUGCAAACUGCAAACACUUCAGCUGUGUGGGCUCUUUAAACCACUUUAUUGGCAAACCAAGGAGGAACAAACCAAAAAAAAAAACAAUAUAUGUACAGGAUAAAGUAUAGUACAAUAUAUACUAUUAUAAUACACAACUUACA